CAAUCAGGCCACACAACGCAGGGCUUCUCGCCCUUGCCACCGGACUGCGGCGGCCGCGCUAGCCCGUCCGCACUCCGCCCGUCGGCCGCGCCGAGGCCUUGCCCUCAGCCGCCCGCGCCGAGGCUCUCACCCUCGCCAGCCGCGCCCACGUCCGCCUGGCCGCUGCGCCGGCUAGCGUCGCGUCGCGCCGUGCCCUGCACCCGUCACGACCACCGCGCCGUUGGACGAGGCCACAGCGCCGACUGCGUCGAGAAGAUUUUGGCGGUCGUUCGGCACGGCCCAGAAGCGAGCGGCUAUCCAUGUCUGCACGGACGGCGGCUAUCCAUGUCCAUGUCUGCAUCGGCCGGAGAACACGGCCCUCCACGGCAUGGCACGGUCCUGAUGAGGCAUCCUGCGAACGUCGACGUACUCCAACGCGAAGCGCCGCAAAGUGGAUUCGAUCCUUCGGACGCCAAGACACAUGCGUGGAAGACGGCGGACGGAUCCAGGAAACACCAUGAAUUGCAACCGUUGUGUCGUUCCAAUGCAGCGGUGUCGGAUGCAGAAAUAUUUUAGAUGAGGAACCGCACAGGAGAAAUGACCUUAUCUCUUUGAAUGCUUUACGGUUUUAUCCUUCUGAUUUUUAUUAUUUCUGAAAAAGUCAUUGCAUCGUCUUGCACGUUCAAACGAAGGGCGGUGUAGUUCUUGCUGAUGAUACUAUCACAUGACCUUUUUGAAGGAAAGACACAGCCAGUGAACGACAGAUUUCAUAGCAA